CAAAGCAGCCGCAGCUCCGAUAGUCUUCGCCUGAAGAGUUUGUUUGCAGGUUCUCAGGAUGUCUUUCAUAACCCGCCCUCAGAAAAUGGCCGUGCAAAUAUAUCCAUGGUGGGUCUCAAGAUGGAGCCAUGUGUGGUCCCCCAUUGUCACCUUAUGCCAUCUUCCAUCACUCAAAGUCAACAGAAACAUCAGGCUCAGCGGAAACUCAGCAUUGCCUGUCUGGUCUGCUUUCUCUUCAUGGUUGGAGAAGUUAUAGGUGGAUACCUGGCACAUAGUCUGGCCAUCAUGACAGAUGCAGCCCACCUGUUGACAGAUAUGGGCAGUAUGGGUGUCAGCCUCUUUUCACUCUGGGUCUCUACUCGCCCAGCCACCAAAACCAUGAGCUUCGGCUGGCACCGCUCAGAAACACUGGGUGCCUUGGCUUCUGUCCUCUCUAUCUGGAUCGUUACAGGAGUGCUGGUCUACUUAGCUUCAGCCCGCAUAAUUAGCAACGACUAUGAGAUUGAAGCUUCUGUGAUGCUGGGUACUUCAGCCUGUGCAGUGGGAGUGAACAUCAUCAUGGUCUACCUUCUGCAUCAGUCAGGCUCUGCACAUAGUCAUGGAUUCAGCACAAGAGGCUAUGAACAGAUUGAGGACAGCCCUCAUGGCCUCUCCAUUCCCACCCAUGACAACACCAGUGUCCGAGCGGCUUUUGUACAUGUGGUGGGGGACCUACUUCAAAGCAUUGGGGUCUUUGUGGCUGCCACUGUCAUCUAUUUCAAGCCCCAAUGUAAGAUUGCUGACCCAGUGAGUACUUUCCUCUUCUCAAUCUUUGUGCUGGGCUCCACUUUAACCAUCCUUCGCGAUGUCUUUCGAGUACUGAUGGAAGGGACACCUCGAGGUGUGGAGUUCCAAGCAGUUAAGGAAACCCUGCUCUCUGUCAAAGGUGUGAAGCAGGUCCAUAAUCUGCACCUUUGGGCUUUAACACUCAGCCAUCAUGUUGUGGCUGUACACGUAGCUGUUGAAUACGAUGCUGACAUGGAGGUUGUGCUGCAAGAAGCCACAGCUCUGCUACAAAGCAAGUUUGGCUUCUUCUCAUGCACCAUACAGGUGGAGCACUACCUGGAUGACAUGGCCACCUGCCACCAAUGCCUGGACCCACAGGACUAAGGGGAAAGUGCUACCAUGUCUACUUUUCUCUUCUCUUCAACUGCCAGCCCCAGGUGAUGCCUGGAAAUCCAGGGCCAGAAGCAGGGACCAGCCCUUUUUGCCAUUCACAGCAAAAGCCUCCUCUCAAUGCAUGUUUAACCAGCAUAUGCAGGAAACGGCAAAGCACCAGGGAUAACUGUCUGCCCAGCCAAGGAAGUCUCCACGGAAGAGUUGCUGGCUCGGAUUUGCCUCUUCAGGUUGCAUUCCAGUCAUGUGGGACCACAACUGCUUCCCAUGUUCAUUUGCUAAUUGUAUUGGUGUACAAAUCCAACAGAAAUGGAGAUCUGGUGGUAAGGGCUUUAACCAUCUUUGCUCUUGAGAUGGAAAGCAGUCAUUUUUUUCAAUUUGGGUAGCUUGGUGCUUGUUCAGGGCUUUUAUUGCGACCAUCUCUGUGUUUGCAUGUGUUGCAGGAGUAACAAUAACUUUUCAAAAUGAAUGCGAAAUAUGAAAGCAUGGGUGGAGCAACAUUAUUCCACUCCACCUCCUAUUGUGACUAAUCCCGCAAAAGUAAAGCAAGCCCUAUUUUGCCUGCAGAAUGAGCAGCAGAAUUAGCCUCAAAAAUGUCUUCUGUCCCAAUGAUCUCACCAAGUUAUCUUUAUUCCUUUUCCUGGAGAAAAGUUGAUAUUUGCAUAGCUUUUCUGUCUAAACCAAGCUUUAAAAAGUCAGUUCUCAUGUGAGUCAAUCUCAGCUCCUGGUGACUCCAUGGAUCCAUCUGUAUCAUUUUCUUAGCCACAGUAUAGAAAUGCCUGUCUUCUUUCAGCAUGGUUUUUUUUUUCAUGUUCUCUACUAUGGUAGUCCCUGGAGGUUUCUUGUCUAAAUAAUGACCAGACCUGACCUCAAAACUUAUGUACGUAUAGAAACUACAUGCUAUGACAGCCAGGAUGCUGUUUGCUUACAGAUUAUGGUUACCCAAAUCUCACUUGGAGGAGAAAUGAAGAUUCUCAAAAUUAUUCUAUUGGAUUGGUCUUUUACUGAUCUGAACAAGAAAAAUAGGAAUUAAGUGCAAACUGA